AUGUUGGAUAUCGAUGAACUCGCCGGCAAUGUGCUUGGUUCAGCUCUAAAUCUCCCCGCCCCAGCAGAGUCACUCGCGGCAGGCGCAAACCCUAAGAAUCCAGCCGCCAAGAAGACAAGCAGAUCUGUCAAAUCGCGCCUAUCAUUGGCUGUAGAGAAGGCAAGCCUCAAAGCCAGAGCUGGAAACCAGUCUGAAGACGAGGAGGAGGACGACGAUCCCCAAAUCAUAGCCUGUUUAAGAGCAGCGGAAGAAAGAGGCGAGGAGAUGGACAUAGACGCAGAAACAAAAGCGAAACUGUUAAAGGAGGCCCUAGAAGCUCAGAUCGCAGGAGAUUCAGCCAAAGCAGACCAAAUCCUAGCGAAGAUACACCUUAAGUCGGACACCACCACAGCUGGGCCGGCAACGAAGGAGAUAGCCGCGACGAAAAGAAAUCAAGACGAAGAGGAGAUAGGCAGCAGAGUGAAGGAGAACGGGGCCGUUUUCUACAAAGCCUAA